UGUCUCUGUAAAAUAAACAGGUUAAAUUACCUCACUGCGGUCGUCUGUUAAGGUUACUGCCAUACUAAUACUACAAGGCGCACAUUCAUGAGAUAAAUACAACACCCACAUAAAUCUAGUUAAUGUUUAAUUACAUUGAUUGCAGUAUAUACCGUCCCUGAGCUGCGCUCUUGUUUCACUCUCUGUUACUGGACCGCACAGAACCACUGAGCUAAAAGCCUCAGCUGCUGCUGCUGAGACUCCACAGGCGGACUUUAACUCCAGCCUGCUUUACAUACACACAGGACUCGACAGGAGCAACAGCAAAGCCUCCUCACUCAGACCGAGGCACAGAUAACCUGAGACAGCGCGAUGUCUUCCCCCACUGCCGCCUCCUCCUCCUCCUCCUCCGUCCCCCCGGGCCCUCUGAAGCCCAAAAGGAAGACGAAGAAGAAGAACUUCGUGCAGCAGAAGGUGAAAGUCUUCCGAGCCAGCGACCCGGUGCUGAGCGUCCUGGUGUGGGGAGUCAAUCACUCGAUUAAUGACCUGGGCCAGGUGCCUGUACCUGUCAUGCUGCUCCCGGACGACUUCAAAGCCAGCACGAAGAUCAAAGUGAUGAACCACUGCUUCAACAAGGAGAAUCUUCCGGGCCAGUUUAAAUUCAAAGAGUACUGCCCACAGGUGUUCAGGAACCUGCGAGAGCGCUUUGGCAUCGAGGACCAAGAUUACCAGGUCUCUCUGACCCGCAGUUCUCCUCUGAGAGACGAGGAGGGGAAGUACAUGGGGCUGCGACUCACAUCAUACGACCGCACUUUGGUGGUAAAAGAGAUUUCCAGUGAGGAGGUCGAGGAAAUGCACAGCAUCCUGUCAGAGUAUCAUCAGCAUAUUGUCACCUCCCAUGGCAGCACGCUGCUUCCUCAGUUCCUCGCCAUGUACAGAGUGACGGUGGAGAGCGAGGACACCUACCUGUUAGUGAUGAGGAACAUGUUCAGCCACAGGCUGCCGGUACACAGGAAGUACGACCUGAAGGGCUCCGCGCUGACUCGAGAAGCAAGUUUUAAAGAAAAGGUCAAAGAGCUGCCCACAUACAAGGACGCAGACUUCUUGAAUAGCAUGCAGAAGAUAUACGUGAGCGAUGAGGAGAAAGAGAAGGUGAUGAACAAACUCGGCAGAGACAUCGAGUUUCUCGUGCGCAUGAGGAUCAUGGACUACAGCCUGCUGCUGGGCAUCCAUGACGCCGAGCGAGCUGAGAGAGAGGAGGAGGACGACGUGGAGUCGUCCUGUGAGGAGGAAGAGGAGGACGAAAACGACCCGACUGCUCCUCCAUGCUCCACUUCCCCUGAAGGAAUCGCCGGCUACAUGAGCUCGCUCAAGCCCAUGGGUCCCGGGGAGUUCGACCCUUACGUGGACGUGUACGCCGUUCAGAGCGCCGUGGGUGCUCCCAGGAGGGAGGUGUACUUCAUGGGUCUGAUUGAUGUGCUGACGCAGUAUGAUGCCAAGAAGAAAGCCGCUCACGCUGCCAGGGCUGUCAAGCACGGGGCGGGAGCUGAAAUCACAACGGUUCAUCCCGAGCAGUACGCCAAACGCUUCAAGGAGUUCAUCGCGAAGAUCUUUGCCUAGUUCAAGGAUUGAUCGUCUUUUGAUGCCAAGCAUAGCUGCACAACACCCACAAGAAACACUAAAUAUUUAAAGAUUAAAAAAUAUAUAUAAAUAUGCAGAAGUAUUUAUGUUUAUUAAACUUAUUUAAAAAUGUGCUCAUAUCAAUCUGGAGCAUAGUUCUGGCCUCAGACGUGCCAAACUCUUCCUAUUUUCAGAUGAUGGACUGCACAGUCUCUCUGAAGGCUUAUUUUACGCUGAGCUUCUUCAACGAGGUUUAAUCUUUCAGGCAAAGGCAGCCGGAGGCAAUUAACAAUUUGGCUAUCCUAAAUGGACUUUUAUUAAAAGGCAAAGCAAAUCCAACCUGCUGGAGAGGAAACUCCUGAAUCCAGCAGUUUGCACUUACCUAAAGCAGAAACGACACGACUUUGAAGACCAAGAUGUCUGUGUUUUGGACAGAGAAGACGGGUCGUUUUAAACAGGUCGACGUGACCAGCAUUUCACUCUCCCUCACAGGGAGGGAGGAAAAUUAUUUUCUCUGGUUGCAUCCAGGGAGUAAAACCUGUUGGUCAUGUGACCUCUCCUAACAAAGUCCUGUGACUUACUUUUCUGUGUUAAAUGUCAGAGAUAUUUCUGGUUUGCACUCAUUGCAAGCUGAGAGAGAUGCUGGAUUUAAAAAAAAAAAAAAAAAAGAAGAAGAAGAAACAUUUUGUGCCUUUUUUGAAGUUUUUUUUUUAAAUGUCCAGCGUUUACAGGUUAAACCUUUGUGAGUUCUGCGGGAUGUUCGGAAGUUGAGAUAUGGAUUUAAAACCUGACCCUGCUUUGGUUGAUAAUGUUCCACAAACCUCUGAGGCCUUUGUUGAAUGAAAUGGAUUUAUUCUGAGAUUAAAUGACGUACAAUGAGAUUCUGUUUAUUUCUGAAACCAUUGGAUUUAUUCAGAGGUUUCUGAUUAAACAUGGCUCAAUGUUUGUUUUUGAGCCGUCUUUCUUUUUCAUUCAUGCAACUAUGAACUACUUUGAGUUGGUCAGUCACAUGAAAUCUGAACAAGCAGGUUUAGAUUAUGGAUGUAGCAAUACAGUAUGUCAUGUGCUAAUUUUGAGCCUUCAUCAUUUUACCAACGACUUAACGGUGAUGUUUGCAUUCUCAGUUGGUCGUCGGGGUCUGAAACAAAAACAGAAAUACAUACUUUACUCCACUAUGAAGUUUGACAUUUCCUAUGACAUUUUUCACUUUACACAAAAUGUUCUCUUGAUUUUAUAGCCUUUUUUUUAACCCUAUUUGCCUAAAAGUCAGCCAACGAUGAAAAGAAAAUGUUUGUUUUUUUCUUCAUUUGAAAAUACAGAAUGAAAUUGUAUGGCAAGACGUAAGUGACAACAAAAAUGGUUAACUUGGGUUUUAUCAUAUUUAUCCCAGCUGUGCCUUGCAUUUUAAUCCCCUCUUAUCACCUGCAGCUUUACACUGAAAAGGCUCCUGACUCUAUUUUGUUUAUAGAUUUUUAACAUCUUGAAUCUCAGGAAAAUAUGAAAGAGUUUUAAUAAAAGAAACUCAAAGUAAAUCUCUUUGGGAGCAAAAAUCUGCAUCCUUAGACUUUAUUUUAGAAAACCUUCAGUGAAUAAAAAUGUUAAUAAAUGUGUCACAGUUCGGCCGAUAACUGACACAUACAGUCUUCGUGUUUUGUUUUUUUUCUUUACAUCUUACCAUUAAAGGGGUUUUUAAUAGAGCAGGUGUUCCUCUUCUUAUUAGCAUUGACAAUAACGUAAAUUGAGGCAAAUUCAGUGAUGUGACAAAUUCAUUUGUUUCUCCAUUUUCAGCUCCACUUUGUGGGAAUAUCGGCAUUGGUUGUGAUAUGAAAAGACUCCAUUAUGAACAUGAUAAAAUGUUCUGACUGACCUCUUCGACACAACUAAUUAAAAUGUUUCAGCUUUUCCUGUUAAAAGCUAAUUAAAAUUGCAAAUGAGGCGAGAAAAACAGGCUGUGUUAUUUCUGUCCUUAAUUCAUUUCACCUCGCCAGUUGGCUACAUUUUGCCAGGCGUUUCAUUAUUGCACUUUUCAGUAAUAUAAUGAAAGCGUGGCUCGGCGUUCAGGCAGCGCGCUGCCACGUUUGUAACACCAAGUCACAACCAGACACUCGAGCUUCUUUUAUUGGGAUUUUAUGUAAUAAAACACAAGCAACACAUGAUUUUAAAGAGAAAAAUAAAGUGUAGAAAUAAAAGCUGAAAAGUGUAGUUUGUGUGUUUGUAUUCAGCUUUUCUGCGUCACAACCUUUUGCUGCAAGGACAUCCGGCAAUCUGUCUGUGAUACAUUGUUUUACAAACAAAAAUAACUAAUAAAAUCACCCAAGAAAACCAGAGAAUGUUUUCAGUGUUUGUCUUUCAGGUGUACAUAGUAUUUUGAAUUAAGAAAAAUAAUCAGUUUUGGUCAUAAAUCUAUUAUGUCUUCUGGCUUUAUUUCAACAGAGGUAUUUUUCUUAUCACUCUCCUAUAAAGCUGUAUAAAACAAAUAUUAAGUCCUACCAACAGAUUUUUUACUACUGAUCAGUGGUUGUGCUCUAACCAAAUACAGGGAAGCCAUUGUUCUUGAUUUUAAAUAGGGACAUCAGAGAACUUUAUAAAAAAAAAAAAAAAGAAAAGGAAGAAAAAAGUAAAAUUCAUGAGUUAUUAUUCUUCCACUUUAUGCUGGACCUUCAUAUAAAAACCGUAAUAAAACACACUGAUACUUGUAUCAUGUCAAAAAAUUUAUUUUUUCUGUUGGAGGAAAUAUCUGCAUCCAGUGGCUUUUAAUGCACAAACCCAACUGCUAAACAUUGGGGGUUUUUUUAGCUUAGAUUUAUACACAAUUAGUUACUACAUUUAUUACUUGACCACAUGAUGUUAAGAUGCACUAGAAGUGACUCAAAUUUCUAGUUGUCCCUUUGAAACUGAAUCUCUGUGAUGAAGCAUUCAUUCUUUUGUCUUUAUUUAGGCCCUCUCGCAUCCCAGAGCUCCUGGCACACAUCCUGAUGCUCCUGCUUCACAUGGACAAUUCAAAACACAGAAAGGACAUGAAGGUUAAGAACAAGUGGCUUGAAUUUUUCAAUUUCUGCCUUAGCUACACGUCCCAAAGCUGCAGCAACAAGCUCUGAAAGCCUACGCACAUCCAAUUUUCUCCCCCCACGUAAAUGGAUUCAAACCACUGAAAAAUUAAAACUCUGUAGCCUCAGCAGCUCGGUAUUGUUCAGCGAUCCGACAUUCUUCAAGGACACACUUUUUAAUUGGUUAUAAACCCAUCAGUUCUGACCUCAGUGUUGAUGAUUCACUUUUCUUUGCACAUUUUCUUUGUUCCUUUUGAAUGUGGGAGUGCUUUGAGGCAAACAACCUUGAGAGAUCUUGAUUCAAUGAGCUCGUGCACAAAAUAACCAAAAAGAAGCUCAGAACAAACGAGGUGUUUUAUGCCCACACCUCCAUCAUCCGUCUCAUUUAUCCAUCAGAUAUAAAGAAAGGCAUUUCCACUUGAAUUUUAAGAAAUCAAGCUUAAAGUCAAGAUUCCUGGCCGUCUUUACUCAAGUGUGCAGAACUUGAGUAAAUUUACUGUAUAAGAGAAAGUAAUGCUGGCUGCACACAGGUUGGUUAAAGAGUUAAACACCAUGCAUCAUGAUGAACAUUAAUGCAUGUUGGCGUAAAAGCUGAAGGUGAUUGGCUAUUAGAGUCUAAAUACUGGAGUGCUUUUCCAGAAUAUUAACUAAACUUGCAGAGGAAACUAUAGGCUCAUCAAUCAUAGUUAAAUAUUUGUUUAAAAUCAUAAUAAAACACGAACUUACAAACUAGCAGGACGACACACAGAGCAGGAACAGACAGAGACUAGUUAAUGGGGUUAAACAGGAUAUAACAGGAGGAUCCAGCAAGGAGUGACCAAAGGAGAGGUGGUAAAAUACUGGCAGUUUUAAAUGCUGGGACAAUGGACCAGUGCUAACUGGAAAACAAGGUGCAGGUGUGAGAGGAGAGCAAAGUGCAAGGUGAGGAGAGAAACAGAGAGAGAAAUGGCAGAGGAGAGCAAAAAAAAAAAUCUAGCCAAAUCUAGCUGUGACAAAAGCUAUUAUAAGUAAUAAACAUAAUCUAACUAAACUAAGAGUAAAACAGAACCAACUGAUGCAAUCAAAGAACGAACAUCUAAGGCAAACGCAGAUGGCAAAUAAAAACAAAAAACAAAAUCCUGACAGAAACAUGGUGGUGGCAGCGUCAUGGUGUGGGGGUGCAGGGAAGCUUAUCAGAUUUGAUGCCAAGGAGAAAAACCUGCAAAACGCAGCAGAAAGACUCGAGACUGGAGACAAUGACCCGAAACAACAUGGCUUGCAGCUGCAAGUACACUGAAAGGCAGUUCUAUAAAAUACUGACGUUCAGGGACCGGUGCGCAUCCUUUUCGAUUGCACUGGACCAGCAGCUUCCAGGAUAAGCAGGCUCAGAUGACGGACGCAUCCUUUUCCUUCCAUGUCACACGUAAGCGCUAGUUUUGUGUUACAUCAGACGAAAUACGCCGAGGUUUGUUGAAGGGGUGUGAAUACUUUGGACACAUGGCUGCGACCUAGAAAGAAGUAGGUCGGCGGCCAGCAGAGACUCAGUGCGUCUCCAGGACGUGUUCAAACGUUGGUGGAACAUGAAUUAAUGAAGGAAUGAGUCCAUGUAAUACAAAUGUCCUCCCAACCGUUGAAGUGUGAGUUCAGUUUAUUUAGUGGCAGAAAACGUCAGAGAGCGACCGUUUCGAUAAUGAAUGCUUCUGAUUUAUUAAAUGGGUAAAAAAAAAAAAAAAAAAAA